GUUUAUAAUAAUAUGAUUAAAACGAUAAUGUUUUAUUUUGACCGCGCCGCGACUCAUGACGUCAGGAUGUACCGUCUGUUGACAGCCGAGACCGGAACAAAGCAAGCAAACAGCCCGCUGGUGCUCGGCCCUUCGCCCUUAUCUCAGGUCAGCAUUAACAAUUCUACUUUUAAGGGCAAACUAUGUCAAGCACUGAUCCAGUCAUGAAUGAAACAGAGGUACGUCACCGUGGCGACUUCUGCGGGACGUUAAGUCGAAGCGGGUGUCAGCGGACUGUAAGCGCUCACAUACACAGCGAGCAGAAUGAGCUCAGGGGAAGAGAGAGACCACACAGCACCUCCACAGCAGAGCCGCAGGCAGCAGAAGAGCCUGCACCAGGGGCUGCAUUGGUGGAUGAUUGCGAGAGGCUGGGCACUCUGUUCGGAGAGCUCAAUAAGUGUUUGAGGAGUAUUGGCUUCACCCAGCUAUACUUUGGAGAGAAGAUUGUGGAGCCUGUGGUCGUGCUGAUUUUUUGGUUGCUGCUCUGGUUUCUUGGUAUCCAAGCUCUCGGCCUUGUGGGAACUCUGUGCAUUGUUAUCAUUUAUAUCCAGAAAUAACAGAUGAGAAGUGAUGGACAGAUGAUGCAACAGACAUGCAUUUGCUUGUCAGAGCCAGUGCCAAUGGGAAAAAUGAAAGACUCCAUUUAAAAAAAGAAAAAGCUGAUUUUAAUGAUUGUCAUUGGAGCACAUUACCCACAAACUUGGGUCUCUGUGUUUUGCCUUCUUAUUAUGUGGUUAUGCAGCAGAGGGUGAGUGAUUGAAGAUAAUAAGAGGAUCUACUUUUAAUAAAAUUGGAAUGAUUCCUCCAAUCUCUGCACAGUUGUGCACUCUGCAGUAUAUAUGAAAGGUUUUUCUGAUAAGCAUGCUUCCGUUAAAUAUUUGCAUUGACAAAAUGGUUGCAUAUUGAUAUGCUGACUACCACUAAUAUAAAGUAAAGGACCUAUAAAUGUAAAGAACAUUAAUCUAACCUGAUUCUACAUAUCAGAUAUACCGUUAUUUAAUAUGACAAUGGUGCAGUUGAUGAAUGUAUGCACUUCUUUGCCCAGGUGUCAGCCUUGCAUGCCACACAAUUGCACUAGAGGGCAACCUUCCUCAUGCUCCCCUUAAAAUGUACUGAGAAACAUACCAGACAACAGUAAUCCUCGAAUGUGUUCAUUCUACUGCAUGCAAAUGUUUAAGGGGCUCUUUGGGAUAUCUUACGGUUCUUAGAUGUCUCUGACAGUAUGAAUUAAAGUGAAUUAAGCAAAAUGCGCUUAUAGUCAAUGAGUACAGAAAAUACUUAAUCAUCUGUAUUAAAACCUUACCUCUGGAUCAUCAAGGUUAUGCACUGUACUCCUGUUUGUAUUCAUUCAUUGUAUCAUUUGAUAAAAAAAAGUGUUUAUUCUUAUCAGUUGCUUUUACUUUGAUCUCUUUGUUCUUCUCAUAAAAGUAUGUUGCAAGAUCAGUUAAAUUUAAAUUAAAGAAUAAUACAUUUUGUCAUAAUUGGCAAAUGCAGUAUACAUCAAAGUUCUGCUAGUUAGAAUACUUCAGUUUUGGAUGACCCAUGUUCGGGAUCAGAAGUUAUGUAAAUGUAUGUUUUACAUGCCCUGUCUUCUUUAUGCAAAUAUUAUUUGUGAAAAUUAAUGAUUGAACGCUAACUUUUUAAGCAAGUUUGUGCUGCUCUUUGUAUAAAUGUGAAUAUCUUUGCAAGAUGACAUGACCAUACAUUCAUGAAAGUCUGAAUUGUAUGUAAAUCAUGAUUAUUUGUGGUACUGCUUUAAAACAAAAUAAUUUAUUUGAUAUAAAAUAAUACAGUUUAUAAUUGCUGAUGCCAUGCCACUAAACAGGAAUUAGCUUUUAUAUAUACAGUAUAUAUUAUUUUCUUUUCAGUGUGAAUCAGGGACAGUUUGCAACAGCGCUAAUGCCAUGUUGCCAUGGAUCAUACCAUGUGCCAUAAUUUACAUAUAAUUUACGCCACAAAGCUGUUUCUUUUUUUGGGUGGUGGUUGUGGCGGCUUUGAAGAAAUAAUUUGAUGUAUCAUUUAUUUUGAAAGAAUGAGUUUUUAGAUAUUUUAAAUAAUUUGCAAUGUAAUUGAACUUUAAAGCUGGGUUAUAAUAAAAACUAUCA